CGCCCUUGAAAAAUAAUCUCCGCCAUUUGUAAAUUAAUUGCUGGCGAAAUUUUUGAGGUAUUUUCCAAAAUUCCUGCAAUAGAGAGUAAAUUUAUUCACCAGUUACAUGUACAUAGUUUGCAUUUCAUACUAGACUUAUAUCAUUGUGUGAAAAGAAGAGGUAAAUUUCCACAGACAGCUGGAUGUCAGCAAUGGGGUAGACAAUGGGUUGAAGAUUUGGGAUUGGCUGAAGACUUAACUUCAAUUCUAAGUUCAGUUUUUGGUGAUGGCUAACAAUUUCUCGAAUGUCAUGGAUGGAAGUCGGCUCACAGAACAGAAUAUUUACACAUGCAGGCUGUGUUUAAAGCAGUUUUUGUACUACAGUGAUUAUGCAUUCCAUGAACGAAUGCACUUUGAUCAGGUUCCUUUACCUGGUUCUCUUCAGGGUGGAUUGAGACCGGCGUAUGAUAACCAUGUGGUACCUCCGUAUAACUCAACCAGUUCCACUCCCGGGACUCUAGACAGUUUUGAUAAGUUGAUACAGCCAUUCCGUAGUACAAUACCUGAAGCAGAUAUCAGGUCACAGACAGAUUCAAGGGGUCUUGUACCAUCAAGUCAGCAAGACUUGAGAAAUUACGUGCCUUCAAGUCCGGCAGAUCAUAGAAACAUGGCCGUUACUAGUCCAGCAGACCCAAGGAAUAUGGUUGCUACUAGUCCAGGUGAUCCCCGAAACAUGGUGGCUUCAAGUCCAGCAGAUCCUAGGAAUUUAAUCCCUUCUAGCCCAGCAGACUCAAGGAAUAUGAUUCCAUCCAGUCCAGCAGACCCAAGAAAUAUGGUCCCUGCCAGCCCUGUAGACCCAAGGAAUCUGGUACCAGCAAGUCCAGUAGACCCUAGGAAUAUGGUACCAGCUAGCCCUGUGGAUCCCAGAAACAUGGUACCAGCAAGUCCUGUUGAUCCAAGAAAUAUGGUACCAGCAAGCCCUGUUGACCCAAGAAACAUGGUACCAGCAAGCCCUGUUGAUCCAAGAAAUCUGGUACCAGCCAGCCCAGCUGCUCAACAAGAUCCAAGAAAUCUGAUGGUUUCAAGUCCAGCAUCUUUGCCUGACAAAUCCACACAGCAGUUAUACAGGAGUGAUAUAGAAGGACAGAAUAUUAACCUUGGCUCAAGAUCGACCCCAAUCAACAUUCAGAGUCCAUCAGUCUCUAUGGCAACUGUUCCCAUGUCAACAGAUGUUAGAUUGUUGCCAGUAGAUACUCGACCGUUACAGAGUCAGGUAACAGACAGUAGACAUCUGCCAGCUGAUAGCCUGACAUAUAGCUCUCCUUCCUUCCUGGACAGCUUGACAAGGAGUUUGUACACCCCAGAUCUCACAAACAAACCCAUGUCCACACCGCCAUUCAGUUCGCUUCCCAUGUGUCGUCCUGAAGACAUACUAGGACUAGAUAGCAGGCAGCACCAAAUACAGAAGCCUGAUCCUUACUAUGGAAUCCCCAAGUCCAUUUACCAUCAAAGCUCUGGAACAGAGGCAGGGGACAAUUAUGCGAACAAUCAGUAUGGACUCAGUAAACUUCUCAGUCCUCAGCAAGGAACAUACUACCAGCAGAACAUGUCAAGUCAACCUCAGACACUUUAUGGAAUAGAUAAAUUAACUUCCACACCACUAAAUUAUUACAAUCAACCAAAUAGUAAUGAUAAAUCCAGCACUGAGCAAAGGGACACUGUGCCGAAACAGACACUACAUUACGGUCCUGUGUCCACACCCAACCAUUCCCACUUUCAACAUAGCAUUCCACGUUCAGAUCAACAGCAUACCAAUCCCAGCCAGCAAAAAGUCCUGAACUCGACAGAACAGUUGCCUGCUUACCAGAGUGGGCAUGUCUCACCUCACCUCACAUACAGCCAGGUUUACAAGGGCAGUCAACCACAAGCUCAGGUAUGGUGAUACUUAUAGCUUUUAUAUAAAUGAUUAGUAUGUUUGAACUGCUGACAUUGAAAAGAAACUGGGUUUUAAUGGAAUAUGUCUCGGCUGUUAAACCGGAUGUCCACAGUAACCUACCCCAGGUGAGGUCAGGCUCUUCUUGUCGGUUAGGUAACAAAAAAAUACAUAAAAAGUAAACUUAAGGUAAAAUAUAAACUUUCUUGGUCUUUAUUAUCUCAUACGGAGAAGUUUUGUCCACUGUUCCUACUAUACUGUAUUGUAUAUAACAGCCUUAAUGUAAAAAGUACUAAAAUUUAAGGGGAACAGUCUUUUUAGCUCACCUAUCACAUAGUAACAAGGUGAUCUUUUGUGAUCGCCCUUCGUCUGUCGUCCGUUCACAAUUUCCUGUGAACAUAAUAGAAACCACAUUUUGCAAUCAGUUUUAAUCAAACUUGCACACAACUUGUAUUGGCAUAAUAUCUCAGUUCAUUUCUGGCU